AGGUGGAUCUAGCACGCGCCCAAAUGCCCACCUUCCUCUGCAGCCUUUGUUCAAAAAAAAAAAACUUCCUCUGCAGCUAAUCCACCCCACACGGCCGCACGCUAUAUAUAUCCUACACGCACCUGCCAAGCAGCAGAGCCUCUCUUUCUUCCUUCCCGUCAAUCUCCUCCUGCCUUUCCAGAGUUCGAAGCAGAGCAAGCCAGGACAAGCAACCGCGCCAAGCAGCAGAGAGCGCGGGCGAUCCAGUUGGCCGGCGCGCAGAUGAUCGCGGCGGUGUGGCGGUGGCUGCCGCUGCCUGCGUGGCUGGGCUCCACCGCGCUGUGGUUCGUCUUCCUGAACGCGGUCGUCGCCGCCGUCGCCGUCCUGUCCCGGUCCCGCCCCUCGCUGGCGUCGCCCCGCCGCGGCGCCGGGAUCACGCGCAGGGCCUCCUCGGCGGUGCUGCAGCGCCUCCGCUCCUUCUCCAUCUUCUCCUUCCCCUCCGCCACCUUCACCACCGCGCCGCUCCUGCAGCCUGACGCCGCCGCCCACGCCCAAGAAUCAGAGGACCCGGCGACGGCCCGGGCCGUGAUCAGGCAAUCGCCGCGGUCGCUCCCCCUCGCGCCAUCCCCCAAGGCAGAGCUCGUGCAGGUGGCGGAGGAGGGCGAAGGCGGGGACCCGAACGGGAUGAGCAUGGACGAGGCCUACGCGCUGGCGCUGGCGGCGCGGCGGCGGCCGGAGCGGGAGAGGGAGGAGGAGGCGAGGAGGUCGGAGGUGGACGCCAAGGCGGAGGAGUUCAUCCGCGGGUUCAAGGAGGACCUGCGGCAGCAGCGCCUCAACUCCAUCUACAACUACACCCAGAUGCUCAAGCGGCGCGCGUUCGGCGGCGGCGGCCGGCAGCCGGACGCCCGGCCAGAUCAGCUGUGAUUCCCCUCACGUGCUCAAUUCGUCCAGGUGUUGGUCAUCAUUUUUUCAGGGAGACCAAUUCUAUUUUGAGUUGUGGUGCUGUACAUAAGCUAGUUUGGUCAGAUUGCUUGUAUAGUUUGGACUUUGGACAGAUUGUUUUGGAUGUUUUGUUUAAUUUUCUUUCUGCGCGUCUGCGCCCACGCAAAUGUUUUUUGUAAUCACAUUUCAUUUGUUCUUUGAAACGGGUCGGUAAUAAUAUAAACGUGCGAAUUGGAUAGCAAAA